CUAUAAAUAGCCAUGCAAGCAGAAAAUAAAAGCAGAGCCUGCUCAGCAAGAGGAGUAAGGAGCAAUGGAUUGCAAUAAUCAGCGUGUGAAACUAAAUGAUGGCCGCUUCAUACCUGCACUCGGAUAUGGUACCUAUAAGCCUCAGGAGAUUCCUAACAGCAAAACCUUGGAGGGCACAAAAUUGGCAAUAGAUGCUGGGUUUCGCCAUAUUGAUACAGCAUAUGCUUACGGAGUAGAAGAGGAGGUGGGUCUGGCCAUUAACAGCAAGAUCGCAGAAGGAGCUGUGAAGAGAGAAGACAUAUUCCUCACUUCAAAGCUUUGGUGUACUUUUCAUCGACCAGAACUGGUAAAACCUAGCUUGGAAACUUCCCUAAGAAAACUUGGUUUGGACUAUGUUGAUCUCUAUCUCAUUCAUUACCCAGUGGCUAUGAAGCCAGGCGAAGACCUAUUUCCAACAGAUGAAAAAGGAAAAUCAUUACUUGAUACAGGGGAUAUAUUGGCCACAUGGGAGGCCAUGGAGAAGUGUAAGGAUACAGGAUUGGCCAAAUCCAUUGGGGUUUCUAACUUUAACCGCAGACAGCUGGAGAUGAUAUUGAACAAGCCGGGACUCAAGUAUAAGCCUGUCUGCAAUCAGGUGGAAUGCCAUCCUUAUCUCAAUCAAAGCAAACUGCUGGAUUUCUGCAAGUCUAAAGACAUUGUUCUGGUUGCCUAUUACGCUCUGGGAUCUCAAAGAGAUAAACGAUGGGUGGACCCAAGUGCUCCAGUUCUCUUGGAAGAUCCUGUCCUCUGUGCUGUGGCCAAAAAGCAUCAGCAAUCUCCAGCCCUGAUUGCUCUUCGAUACCAAGUGCAGCGUGGGGUUGUGGUUCUAGCCCAGAGUUUAAAGGAGAAGGAGAUAAAAGAGAACGUGCAGGUCUUUGGAUUCCAAUUGACUUCUGAAGACAUGAAAAUCCUAGAUGGCAUGGACAAAAAAUUUCGAUAUACACCUGCUGACUUUCUCAUUGAUGACCCUAAUUACCCAUUUUCUGAUGAAUAUUAACAUGGAGGUGGUUCCUACAAACCUGCGUGUGGAAUUUGGCGUACGAGAAAUCACAGAUGCUACUGUUGGAACACAUCACUUCUCCUUAUACCAUGUAACGUAGGAACUUGAAGUUACCUACGGCUCAUUCUAUAUUGCCACAAGAGUAUGCAAUAAAUAUCAGCAGUUUAAAAAUUA